AUGCUGGCAAACAGCGAGCGGCCCACUGCAAGUCGGCAAUUAACCUUGGCUGGACAAAGAGUUGGCGGCGGCAGAACGACCUACAGCAGCAGCGGUACGAGUUAUGGAUUUUGUUUUAUCAGUCAGCUGGCAGGCAGCUACCAACGGCAACACUGCAAGAAUUCGGGGCCACUUGAACGAGAUUGUGUCUUAAAUGCUGAAUGUAUGAGGGACUUCUUGGCCAUUCGUGCUGACCACGCUCCAAAGAGCCAUUACAUGUGGAAAGGGCUUAGUUGA